AAAUAACAAAUGGAAUUUGAAACUGUGGAUUGAUUUGUAAAACUAUAUAAAUCAAUCCAAUAAAUUAAACUUCGAAAACGAAUAUUUAAAUUGUAUUGUUCCUUUAUGGUUUAUUAUUUUGUCCUAAUUUUAGAAAAAUGGAUAAAGAGAGUCAAACAGCUUCCCAGAGUAUGGAGUACAAUGUUUGUGGGAAAAUCGCAGAAAUAGUUGUUAACAGACUGGAAGAUAUAUCAACAUCUAGACCACAAAUCAAAGUUCAGGUUAAAGUUGAGAAACAGGAAAGUGCCUUGGAUGACAGUUGGAUCGGAGCUACACGUGAUGAUACAGCUACUCAACAGAUCAAGAUCGAGAAAAAGGAGGAUGAAUUUGGAGAAUAUGAAUUUGCAACGAGCAACGUCAAAGAUGAGCCAUCCUCACACAAUGGUUCAACUUCCAAUCAGAUUCCACGGAUCACAAAUCGCUUCUAUUCAUGUCAGAAAACUGGGAAACUGACGAAACUUUCCGAAGACAAUGGUGUCAGAAAAAUUGUCAUGGCAAAUCCUAAGACAAGGAAUGCUCUGUCAGUCGAUAUGAUGGAAGAUCUGAUAGAUGAUGUAUCCUUGAACUGGUGUGACACUAACUUGAGAUGUAUAGUUAUUUCGGGAGAAGGCCCGGUAUUUUCAUCGGGACACAACUUGAAAGAAUUGGCGCUUACUGGCGAGAAAGAUGAGUUGGCCGAGAAGAGGAGGGUAUUUUCGAUUUGUGCACAGUUGAUGAAGCGGAUAGUAGCGGCGCCCGUGCCAGUGAUCGCCAGUGUGAACGGGCCCGCCUUCGCAGCAGGCUGCCAGCUUGUGGCACAGUGUGACAUCGCCCUCGCCACUCACAGCAGCUCCUUUGCCACUCCAGGGUCGCACUUUGGUAUAUUCUGUUCGACACCUGGAAUCCCUCUGGCGAGAGCCGUACCGCGCAAAGUAGCCGCCCAUAUGCUCUUCACUGGCAAACCGAUCACCGCAGAACAAGCUGCCAGUUAUGGACUCAUCAGUAAAGUGGUUGCCGAUGAUAAGCUCGAUGAAGAAAUUGAAGCAGUCUGCGCUUCCAUAAAAUCUCAAAGUAGGAGCAUAAUUGAACUUGGAAAAAGAUUCUUCUACCAGCAACUAGAACUGGAUCUGAACUCAGCUUAUCAACUAGGUACGGACGUCAUGACAAAUAACACCAAGAUGGCAGAUGGCCAGGAGGGAAUUGCCGGAUUCGCUCAGAAACGAAAACCUGUGUGGAAACAUAAUUUUGAUGAAAUUUCUUCUGCGUAGUUUUUUUUAAUGCUGUUAUAUUUGAAUUAUUAAAAAUUUCAAAUAAAUUUGUCGAAUUUGCCAAAAUGUUAUGAAUAAAGAUUGUAAUUGUAACAUAUUCUUAUUGAAGAGAUUUUUAUAAUAACUAUAUUAUAACUUAAUAAACUAUUUUUUAUUACAAAU